AUGCAGAAGGAAGCGCGCGAUUGGAUUGAGCAAGUCUUGGGCGAGAGGCUGGAGCCUGUGGAUGCCGACCUGUGCGACUGCCUCAAGGAUGGCGUAGCGCUGUGCAAGCUCGUCAACAAGGUGUCACCUGGUGCUAGCAAAUACAAAGCAUCCUCCAUGCCGUUUGUGCAAAUGGAAAAUAUCAGCCAGUUCCUGGCCUUUUCAUCGCGGCUUGGCAUGCCGCCGCAAGACACUUUCCAGACGAUUGAUCUGUUUGAGCGCAAGAACGUCUUUCAAGUCGUUCAAGCGAUCCAUACCUUUUCUAGGUUUGCAGUGCAAAAGGGUGGCUUGGAUGCGCCUGUUCUUGGACCAAAGCUUGCGACUUCCAGGACAAUGGAAUUUACACCUGAACAGCUCAACGAAGCCAAGAAUCAUGUUAAUACAUUGCAGUACGGCAAGCACAAUGGCUCGACCAAUGUCUUGCGUGGCAGCAGACGCGAUCCAGCGGGCAACUUUCACUAA